AAGUUUUGAUUUCAAAUUACAUCAACUAAGGACUUAUGCCUACACACGCGUAGGACAUUAUCAUCUUCCUAUUUGAAGGAACGUCUGUAUUUUAUAAGAUAAGAUAACAUUAUAAUACAACAAAUUCAAACAUUUUUCACAAAUUAAAUAAAAAAAUGAAUAUCAGUUUCUCCAAUGACACAAUGCUGUAAUGAAGGAUGUAAUUGACACAAACACAAGUUAGGGCAACUUUUAUUUGUCUUUGUUUUAUAAGAAGCUGGCGUUGAAUCAGAAAUGUAAAUUAUUUCCCUUUAGCCCAAACCUCUUGCUGCACUGUAGAGAAAGACUAGGGGCUGAGUAGAACUCGGGACUAUAGUAACGCCAGUCAUAAGUGCAUACCAAACGAAGGCAGUCCUUAAGUUAUACCAUUUCUACGCUAGGCUAAGUCGUUAAGUACGCUAUAUUAUUGGAUGCUAUCAAUAAGAAGAAGAGAGAUGGGAAUCUAAGAAAAUCCUGGUCAUCAAGGUUAGCAUGUUUCUUGGAUACAAUGGGACAACCUACGAACUUCUGGUCAGUUUCUGCAACUUUCUUAGCUACACAGUUGUUGGGGUUACCUGCAUCUACAAGGCGCCUCAGGUGUAUGCCGUGGUCAGUUCCGGGUCAUCUUUGGGGAUCGCCAUACCCAGUUUGACCUUAGAGUUUACGUCAUACACUAUCGAGACUGGCUAUCAGUACGGUAUGGGGUAUCCUUUGGAUACUUAUUUUGAGACAACUCUGAUGUGGGCGCAAGAUGUCAUUCUGUUCUGGGUGGUUCUGGAAAAUCGGAAAAUGCUGAACUUGAGACUCGCACCGUAUAUUGCAUUCUACGCAUUCCUUGGUGCCUUCCUCAUGAAUCGCUGCUUCCCUGACGUUGUUAUGUACGCUUUCAUUUUGUCAACAACUCCUAUCAUAUGUAGCAGUAAAAUUGUUCAGUUGUGGAAACUUUUGACUACCCAGCAGCCCGGAAGUCUGAGUGCUUUGACCUGGGGGCUUCUCUCUUAUUUGGCAGGAGCCAGGGUGUUAACAGCGAUUGUGAUAACAGGAGAUAUACCCAUGUUCUUCAACAAUUUCUUUGCAACAUUUCUAGAUAUUUGGCUGUGUUGUGCUAUUAUCUACUAUAAUAGAAAAAAGAGAGCCAGGCGACGGUCCUAAUAUGACCACGCAUGUUAAGUCAAUAUUUCAAAUUUAUGUCAGUUACAACAGAACAAUUGCUACCUUGGUCUUUUUUGUUCAAUUCUGAAACAGUUAAAAUGAAUAAAUGAGUGAUUUUAUAAGGAAACAAAUCAACAAA